AAAAAUAUUUCUGAUGCUGUUAUAACAGUCUAGGUUAGAUUAGAACGUUCUGACAUGCUUAAAACAGUAACAUUGUACAGUGUACAUGUAAAGCACAUUUGCAUCAGAAUCAUGGAAAAUUGUUUGGAGAUGAAUACCGAUUUUCGACCAUUUAAAACAAUGCAUUGGAUAUCUCUAUUUUUGGUAGCUGUGUUGUGCAUUAUGGACUGCAAUGGCAGUAAUAUACUGAUAGCUCCAUUCGACCAGGGCUAUAACAGUCGCAUGACUCAUAUGAUCAAGUUAGGAAAUAUUCUCUCUAAGAAGGGACAUAAUAUCAACUUCCUAUGUUCUAAUGUGCUACAAGAGCAUCCAUUAUUCAAACUGCCAGAGAAUGAAGUUGCAGAUGCAUUUAGCCGCUUUAAUGUGAUCACGUAUAAUGUUCCUCCAGUAGAUCAGAGUCAGGCUGAUUUAACAGGGAAUCAAAAGAAACUGAAUGCAAUGAUGGACAAGCCAUAUUCAUCGGUAGUACGAGAAAUAUUGGCACAUUUAUUACCAGCAACAUUCAAGCAAACCAUUGAAGACAUGAACACCUGGCAAAAGAUUUCCGAAGCAAAAUUGGAUUUGAUAAUAGCUGAUGAGUUUGCCCUCACAGCAAGGGUUCUUGGUGCACAUUUUAAUGUUCCUGUAAUUGCCUAUUCAAUCCAAGGACCAGUGCCUAGCACAGUUGAUAUUAUAUAUCCACUGAAUCCAUCAUAUGUUCCAUUAGACUGGAGCCCCAGUGCGACAAGUGAUAUAAUGAAUUUCUGGCAAAGAUGUAGAAAUAUAAUGGAACAUCUUAAAGUGAAAUACUACUUCAGCGCAACAUUUCAAGAAGUUGAAUCAAUGUGUCUGAAUAUGGAGCAUGUUAAAAAAGAAGCCUGUGAAAAUGUAAGAAAUUUUUACAAAACUGUUUCACUCGUACUAAUGAACCGAAACGAUGCUCUCCAUUACCCGCAACCAUAUAUGCCAAACAUGGUGUCAAUUGGAAGUUUUGUGAUGGAAAAACCUAAGCCACUGACUGGUACUUUUAAAGACCUUGUAGAAAAGUCGAGCAAACAUGGUGUGAUAGUCGUUAGCUUUGGGUCUUUGUUUCGCAGGUUGCCAUUGGAAAUGGCCGAAAUCUUCGCAAAGGCAUUUGCUACUAUGGACCAGACAGUUAUUUGGAGCUAUGAGGGUGCAAACCCUGAAGCACUUGGUGAAAAUACUAUUAUCAACAAAUGGAUACCCCAGAAUGACUUACUAGGUCACUCAAAUGUUAAACUCUUUGUGCACCACUGUGGCAGUACAGGGACUUAUGAGGCACUAUACCAUGCUGUACCUAAUGUGGGAAUACCCUUUUGGGCAGACCAGCCUUACAACUGUGACAAACUGGUCAAUAGGGUCGGAUCUGGAGCAAGUAUCAAUCCAAAAGGACUUACAAGCGAGGGUUUCAGAUCAACAAUGGAGAAAGUGAUAAACAAUGCAACAUACAAGAAGAAUGCACUAAAAGCAGCUGAUAUUUACCACAAUCAGCCAAUGGAUUUGAAUGAAAAGGUUGUAUAUUGGGUAGAAUAUGUCAUACGUCAUAAAGGUGCCCCACAUCUCAGAUCUGAAGGCAUUUUUAAACUCAACUUUGCCCAGUACUUUCUGUUGGAUAUUGUUGGACUAUUCACACUUAUUGGAUGUUUUAUUCUGGGAAUUUUACUUAUCUGUUUCAGAUUUAUGAUUAAGAAAUUAAUAUUUGGUUCACCAAAGGAGAAAUCUGACUGAAAGUGGAUUUGAAUUCACAGUUAAAACCUGUAUUGUCUGAACACCAUUCAGAAUGUUCAGAUUGUCAAGUGUUCAUAUUUUUAGUUUUUUAGAAAUACUAAUCUAUGAUAGACUAGAAAAUGGAAUCUAAAAAGUGUUCGCAUUGAGAGGUGUUCAGAUUAGAGUGUCGUUCGGUGAUACAGGUUUCACUCCAAUUGUUUCAUACUCUUGAUUUGCUAAAUAUUUACAUUUAAACCCACAUAUUAAUUCAUAUUCAUACUUUUUCAUGUAACUCACUGGCUUCACAAUGUAAUCAUUUAAAUGAAAUUGACAAAUGCAUUUUUAGAUGUUUUAACAAAUAAUCAGCUACUUUGAGGAAUUUUACUGUUGUUUUCCUAUUAAAAUUAUAAUUUUCUUUUGUCGUAAAUUCUGACAUGCCCUUUUUAAUAGACCUCAUAAAGAUAAGGUUUGCAACUACAUAGGUACAGACUUAAAGCAAUAUACCAUCCACACUUGCCAUCUAUCAAUGUUAUUAAUGCUUCAAAUUAAAAUUCAAU